UUCGUCAAUUUUUUUACAAGCCUUUAUAUUUAAAUGCAAUUGGUAAUCAGUUUCUUCCCCGAUUAUUUCUCAGAGUUGAAUAUAAUCACUUAAAUUAAUCGCAAUUACAGCGUGCUUUUAGAUUGUAGUUACUAUUGUAUAAUUGUCAAAUACAAUUGUUACCUACGUAUGAAUUAAUUGUGACAUAAAAUCGAUAAUUAUAAUUACUACAAAAUUAAAGUUGCAAUUAUCACUGACCCUAAGAGAUUACAAUUAAUCAAUUACACGAGUUUACAACUUUUGAUUCAAGUAUGCCGCAAAUGUGGAAAGUCAGUUGGUAUGAUUGGUCAUCAUUACCAAUAUGAUAUUGAUUAUGGAUAUGAUAUGGACUGAUAUGGAUAAGUAUCAAUUUGACAUUUGACAAGUGGACGUGUAGUGACGUGUACUUUAAUGUUUUAAUUUUUCAUUCUUUGAAUUGCGUAUUUCAAUGAUUUCAGUUCAUAUUUUUUAGCAAAAAUUGUUAAUUGUGAACAUUUAUUCGCGUAUAUACUGAAAUUUCUAGUAUUCUGGAUAUAAUUUCAAUAGCGCAUGUCAUUACAAUAGUUAACCUCUACGGGCAUUGUUUAUUCUGGAUUGGAUAAACUAUAAAUUAAUUAUUACUAUUUAUUAUUAAUUAAGAUAAAUAUAUCUUGUAAACUAAUCGUAAGGUGUUUCUAAACUCGAAACUGAAACUUACUACAAAAAAGAAAACGUAUAAUUUGACGGUUUUCAAAACGAAUAUCCGAAUGGCAACCGAAAUUGCAGUGAAAGCCCUUGAUCCUCUGAAAUAUCUGAACGCGCUAUCAAAGGCAGAAAGACUGGACCCAUAUACAAGUUCUACAACAACAAGGACAUUUCUUUUCAAUGCUUUCGAUGCUUAUCGACAGGAGAAAACGCCAAUUCCUCCCGGGAUACGUUCCAAAGUGCAGCAACAACUAUUAGCGUUGCUACCAUCAAUUGAAGAUGGACUAAAGAACAUUUAUCAUGGACUAAAUGCUGAUAAACGUAUCGAAGCUCAGUGCUGUCUAUCUGGACUGGAAUUUAUCACGAGUGAUCUUGCAAAUGAUAUAGGAGAUAAGAAACAGCAGUUACUCGAUUUAAUGCAUUCUGAUACAGUGGAAGAUAUAAAGGAGUUUAUUGAAAACACUGCUGAUUCGUCUACCUAUGGAAAUGUGGAAGUACCAGACCUUGCAAAUGUUCCAAAAACUCAUACUUGGUGGAAAGAUGAAUUUCACUCUUAAUAAUUGUACAUGGUCAGCUGCUGUUUAAGUGAUAUAAGUGUUAUAUAUGCCAAAUGUAUAUAAACUUAUGCAUGUAACAAGUGUAUAUAUCUUAUGCAUUUAUGACAUGUGGUAAUAUGGAAAACAUAUACAAAUCUGUAUGGAAUAUACUUCAUAAACUAAUAUAAUACUGUUAAUAUCUCACUUUCUACAUACAAGGUGGAUACAUUUAGCAUAUAUUUUUCAUAUGCCCUAAAUGCUUAAAAUCCACAGUUCAGCUAUAAGAGAGAGAAAGAAUCAUUGGUGAUCUGGAUACAUGGAUCAUAUCAUUCCAAUUCUCAUUGAAUCUGAAUGGCUAAAUACAACACAAAAGUGGUUUUAACAUUUAUAUUGUCUCAUGCAUUAAAUCCUCUACUUCAACAUCCCAUUCCCAUAGAGUUCAGGGGGUCAAUUCUGUAACUUUUCUUGUGGUGAACAUACGAGCAAACUCACAACUCUUGAUUCUAUAACUUUCAUCGUAGUGAAAAUUUGAGCCAUCUCACGGGUUUGAUCGACAAGAAAUUUCUUGUCGAAUGGUGAAAUAAGAGAGAAAGACAUUAAGAAAUAGAGCGAGAGCAAUAUGUCGUGGGAAUACCUAAUUUCAUGGAUCAAACCGAGGAAGCUGGAGUGGGAACAGAGAGCACGCAAAUUCCAAAGUUAUAUGUACUUGAUAUUUGGAGGUAUACAAUACCAGUCAUACAAGAAAAAUGAAUAUCAUGUAUUAGACACGGACAUUUAUUUCGUUUUAUAUGUACUCCCAAACAACAUAAGUACAUGGAGAAGCAAUGGUAACAAAGCAGAUAAUAUCGCCAAUAAGAUCAGAAAGACGAUAGUACACGUUUAUAAAAGAUACUCGCGUGCUUCGACGCUACGGAUCGGUUUUAUUUUUCUUUAUUGCAAGGGUACUUAUAAAGAAUUUCAUCUACCAAUAUUUCGUGUAUAUACGAGCGAUAAGGACGACGAGUGUUUCUACGUUGAUACGCAUUGCCGUAUAUACGAUUCGUGGCUUAGUUGGAAGAAUGACAACAAACUUCCAAUGUUGAAAUAUUGUUACCCGUUGAAUGGCUUUUACACUUGUUCCAACGAUCAUGAAGACAUAUCCGACAGAAAACGCGAACCAAUCUUGGAGUUCGGUUCAUCGCCAGCGUGUAAAUUGGUCGCGCGUUUAGGAAGGAUGUUAGAUGUUGGUAGCGAAAUUGCUAGAUAUAGUAACAUGUUUGUAGGGUUGAUAUCUUUGUUUACUUCCCUCGAUUCUAUCACAACCAUGUUCGCCGGAGUAGUUGGCGUUGCGGGUGCAGUAUAUGGAGCAGCGAGGAGCGUUCAAUGUUUGGUAGACAAAAACAGACACGAAACGAGUCUGCUUGACGCGGAAUCCCUGAUGCACGGAUUAAACAUUCUAAUGAUACCUCCUCACGUGAUAAUGGCCGUAGUAAAUACCCCUUUACCCCUUCGAUACCUGAGCCAGGCCAUUUCUCCGCGGGAUAUUUUAACAACUGGCGCACAAAAAAUACUAUCUCUUACGUCCACUCAACGAUUUGGUUUAAUUGUCUUAACUCUCGUUUUGCACCAACAAAUAUCAGAAUAUUUAAACACGACACAUUCAAAUGCAAACAAACACAUUGAUAAAAUAGAAGCAUUCAAUUUGAGAAGCCUUAUAAACUUUGAAAGGCAAUCUAUGCCUAAUACGAUCGUUGCGAAAACUUGUAAAAACAAAGAAAAGGAUUUGAAGAAAUUUGAAGAAAAGUGCAAAAAUGUGUUCGCAAGAUUGAAUAUUACCGAUAAGAAUCUAAUACAAGCGACGACGGUCGUAAUUUCAAAAUUAAAUUGUAAUCAUGUUGCUGAUGUAAUUAACUUAAUUGAACUAGAAUAUGCAGGUAAAUCCAAAUUGCGAUAUGACACAUUUCUGUCGGAGUUGCAAACGGAAUCCGAUAUUACGGAACAAUUCGUCGCUAAUAUUAAAAAAGACUGUGAAGAGGCCGAGAGUAUCACAAAAAAGAACCUUUUAAAGUUCUGUAACAAUUAUACGGCUGUUUACCACUACAGGAAACACAAAGCUGAAUUCGGAAGUGACACUUCGAUGAAGGUGUACCUCUGUGAUAUACCAAACGAGCUAUUCCAGAAUAAGUAUCUUUACAGUUACGAUUACGAUCAAAGUAAAGAGUUAAGGGUUAUAACUUAUACGAAUAUAAACGGUUUUCAAUAUGGAGUAUUGAAACAAGAAAGGAAACAAGUGCUACGUAUCGCGACAAUAUAUAAGAAUGAAAAAUUUUUCCAGAACUGGGAAAUUAAAUGGCCAGAGGCUCGAGGGAAAUUACAAUUUCUUAUCGAAUAACCAAACGACAACUUCGACGAUUUCAUUUUCUGGUAUGCUCAAGCGAAGCGUGUUAGAGGCAAGAUUUGUAUAUCGAAAAUUUGGGGGAUUUAGCCAAUAUAUCUGUAAUGUUAACCCAACGAAAAAGACCGCUUAAUUCUAGAAUGACCGGUAAUGACAAGGAAUUGCGGCGAAUGACUUGAUUCCGAUUUGGAAGAAAUCGUAGAUAAAUAUUUUUUUAGCUAUGUUAAUUCAAGUUUAAGCAACAAAACAAUCUUCCAAUUGUAUUAACUGUAAUAUAUAAAAAAGUAUUUUAUUUUUGUUACAUUUUCUGAUGGUAUGCAAAUAUAGCGACGAGAUAAAGUUUGUUUUAUCGUCAUUGAAAAUUUUUAAAAUAGGAUGGCACGCUUAAAAAGAUGCCGAUUAUUUAAAAUAUUGUCUAACGAGCCUAAAAAAUUACCAUGUUUCGGCAACUGUGUUAUAUCUUGUAAAAUAAUAAUAAAAAUGUUAAUACUUCCUAAAC